AGGGAGUUUCUGCCGCGUCUACCACAACCUGUGCAGCCUCAGAGCUGGCAGUCGCCCCCGCCGCCCCCACCACCGCCCCCGCCGCCAUCGCCGCUGCCGCCACCACCACCAUCAUCUCCGCUGCUGCCUCCGUGGGGCCCUUCCCCUUCACCGCCCCCUUCGCCGCCUCUACACAUUCUAGACCUUCUGUCCUGGAGAAGAAGCUAUAGUCGGUCUCCUUUGUGGGCCUGGGGCGCAGCCAUGGCGGACGGCGGCGGCGGCGGGGGAACGGGCGCGGUGGGCGGCGGCGGAGCGGGCCAGGCCUCUGCCGGGGCAGCGACUGGCGCUACUGGGGCCGGCGGGGGCGGUGGCCCCAUCAACCCCGCCUCGCUGCCUCCCGGCGACCCGCAGCUCAUCGCCCUCAUCGUGGAGCAGCUCAAGAGCCGGGGCCUCUUUGACAGCUUCCGCCGGGACUGCCUGGCCGACGUGGACACAAAGCCAGCUUACCAAAACCUGAGGCAGAAAGUGGAUAAUUUUGUGUCAACACAUCUGGACAAGCAGGAAUGGAAUCCUACAAUGAACAAAAACCAAUUGCGAAAUGGUCUGAGGCAGAGUGUGGUUCAGUCAGGGAUGUUGGAAGCUGGAGUAGACAGGAUUAUUUCUCAGGUGGUGGAUCCAAAACUAAACCACAUCUUCAGGCCACAAAUAGAACGAGCAAUUCAUGAGUUCCUGGCAGCCCAGAAAAAAGCAGCUGUGCCAGCACCCCCUCCAGAGCCCGACGGCCAGGACCCACCAGCUCCAUCUCAGGACACUUCCUAAGAAUAUGCCUGUCACCUUUUGAAAGCUCCAUUUUAGGCGAAGAAAUGGAUUCGGUUACAUAAGAGAACAACUUCAGACUGAAGAUAGGCCAAGGUCGUCACUGGUCUAAAGAUUUCAACCUUGACUAUGGGCAGUAAACAGAUUGAAAGGGGAGCAAGUUCAGCAGCAGGGAAGUUGACCAUGUCACCCCCUGCAUUGUGCUGCCAUUUGGUCCUCUGUCCAGGGGUGUGACACCAAGUAGACACUACAGAGAGAGAAACACUACAGCAACCCAGGGUUGUCCUGAAACAGACUUUACUUGAACAUGGAGACUGCACAUGGACUUUAGGGUUUGUGCUCUGGGAUAAACAAAAGCUACAGUGAGAGAAUAGAACCAAUCCCAAAGACGGUUUGAAAGAACAAUGACAGUAAAGGUUAACUGGGGGUGGUAUUUAACAGUGCUUAUUUGAUAUUGUCUCUCAGAGUUCCCAACUAGAUUGUACAAGUCAUUAGCAUCAGAUAGCUUUAAAGUUGUGACCUUCUUGUACAUGAAUCUUCUAGCCAGUUUCCUUUCCUUUGUCAUAGGUAACAAAACAUGAAAUCCUAGAAUAUGUGAAAAGUUCAGACAUGAGGUAUAAGGAAACUCAUCUGCAGGCUCUCUGUCCAGAGCUGCUUUCUGUCCUGCGGGGGCUAGUGAGUCUUACGUAUGUUGACUUUAUUCUCACAUUUGUGUUUUUUUUAGGAAAGUGGUCGGUAAAUGGCUUAUCUUUCAUAAUAAAAUCAUUUGAUACUCUUACUCUGAAGCUUCAGCUGAACCUUAGACCUCAGGCCUGUGAAGGGCAACUUUUGUCCUCUUGUCUCUAUGCCAUUUCUGUGCACCACACAUGAUCUACUGGCAGUGAAGAUUGGUACGUAUAACUUGGAACUAUUCUCUCCGAAACUAGUAGGCGUAGCUAGAAGCUGGCUGUUUCUCUCCUCCCUGAGCCGUUACUGACACCGGUCUUUAGUUGAGGUAGUCCAUGGUGUGUGUCAGUAUUUGUCAACCUUAAGUGUGCAGAAGUAGCACCUGGGGAUCUUGGGAAAAUGCAUAUUCUGAUUCAGAAGUUCUGGGGUGGGACUUAAGAGUGAGUGGUUCUGACAAGCUGCCACGUGAUGCUGAUGCUGCCAGGCCUCAGAACAUAACUCUGUGUAAUAGGCCUUGGAUUAAUGUAGCCAAGAUUAUGUCAUACCAAGAGUCUUGGUUCUUGGUUGAGUCUACUACUGUCUAUUGCUGCUAAUCUGAUCAUAUUUAACCAGUUCAGUUGGUUCCCCGUUAAGACAAAUGCUCCACUUCUACCUUUACCAUAAAUACUCCUAAAUUAGGACUGCAUUGCCAUAUUCAGCAAGAUGUUUGUUAGCAUGUGCCCUCAUUUUAAAGCAAGCUGGCCACAUGUAUAAGGCAGGUGGCAGUUAGAACUGAAAUGUCUCUUCCCGCCUGGUAGGUACAGUUCCAUUUCAAGCUGCCUUCACAGUUGCAGGAGUCAACAAAGUUCUUAACCCCAGAGAAUGGGCCCUCCAGUCCUCUCUACUACUAGGCAGACAUGGAGUGUCCAGAAUUACAUUCCUGUGCUUACAGAAAAGCUGCUCAGACUAGCUGUAGUGUCUUCUCUUCAGGACCACAUAGCUCUAAUGGGAGGCUCCUUUCCUGUGAGGCAUUCUUUUGGGAGGGAGAUCUCUGCAUAGCUACUUUCUGUUGACCCAGCAUCUUGCCUAUCCCACACUGACCUCAACUCAGCAACAAAGAGGGCAAAAGCCCACAGAAAGCUUCAUCCUUUCUGCUCCCAAAUGCUCAAUUAACUGCAUUUUGUGUAUGUUUUUGGCAGACAGUUUUUGGUUCAACUCAGAUCUCUUACUUUCCUUUUUCCAUUACUAGAGAUAGCUUGACCAGUUGAUGAGAAACACCCUAAUUUUCACAAAAUGUUAAAUGUGCCAAAUAUCAGAGUUUCUACGUUUUUUUAAUCAUUGUGUUAUAUCCACCAAGAGUCACCUAGAUUAGAGAUUAUUUCAUUUGGAAAAAAUGGAGGAGAACAUGAGAUUACAGAAAUAACUGGGUAUAUCACUGCUGUUGGGUGGACAGUGGACUUUUUGGCUCCUAGCUGAGCAUCACUGAAAGGGAAGACAUGCCUGUGUUGCCUUGGGUAACCAUAUUCAGAUUGGCAUAUACAAGUGAGUCAAGACAACAGCAUUAGAUUAGGGGAAAGAAAGCCUCUUCCUCCUUUAGGAACUGGUCAGCAGGUAAACCUCUGCAUCCUCAACUGAGUUUUCACUUGGGUUCGUGAUGCAGAAACUAGAAAAAUUGUGUAUGUUCUGAGAUCCUGAGGAAGACAAGACCACCAAAAAAUCCCACCUCUUAAACACACCUUUGCUUAAUUCAUUCCGAUACAAGAAAUGAGCUGUCAUGAGCCAGUUAGGCCUCUCUCCCUCUCGUUGGAAAAACCGCUGCUAUUUGCAAAAGCCCGGUGGAACACAGAGCUAAUACAUGAACAAAUACUGCCCAUACUUGUAAGCUGAUUUGCGGUCAGUAUCUCAAGAGCCCCAUCAUGUAAGGUGGGGGUCAGCUGAGGCGAGAAGAAGGCUAUCAUUUUGAAGCCCAGUUCUUCUUCCUGGGACGGCAUCUGUGAUUGCUGCUGGAGACCCUUGCUUGUGGGACUUUGCCAGUUACCAACUUAAAUGUUUGAUAUUGCCAACUCAUCAUCUCAACCCAGUCCUGAUUUUUUUAACUUUUGGCUUUUAGUGACGUUUGUGGCUCCUAUAGCAAAAUUUAAGGAAUGGUUUGAUCCUCUUUCCAUCACUUUGCCUUAUCCUCUGUUUACUCAUCAGGUGGGUGGAAGGUAGAAGUGUCUAUGCAUUCUGUGUCACCUUCUAGCACUAUGAACUGAAUAAGUGCUAACAGAUCAAUUACAGUAGUGGUUCUGAACAUAUCCCCAACCAGCAGCAUCAGCAUCACCCUGGGACUUGUUCAAAAUGUGUCCCCCACCCCAGACUCAAGAGAUGUGGAGGGCCCCAGCAAGCCCUCCAGGUGGUUCUGAUGCACACUAAAAAUCACAUUUGCUUAGGAAACAUUUUAAAUCAUGCUUGCAUGUGUGUCCAACAACUCCUGAAAGGCAAGACUACUAUGUCAUUUAAAAAAAUUCUCCCAUUGCAAGUGCCUGGAACAAGACGAGAAUUAAAUAUGGGUGCAUACUAGAAGUCUAUCCCGGCCUUUCUGACUACCAAAUAUAUGGUGUAUUUUCCCUACAAAGAUACUCAUCCUGCUGCAUGGAAGAUGAUCCCAAAGUACCAUCUAGUCACUGCAUCCAACCCAUGGUUCAGGACAUCUGUACAGGAGGAACCAGGCAGCUCCUUUGUUAGACCUAAGAAUUAAAAUGCAGGUUGCCCAAUAUCUCACCUGAUAAGCAACAGGAACAGUUAGAAAAGGGAAGCAUGGGAAGCCUUGUCAUUCCUGGCCCAUGGCAAUUCCAAAAUCCCAGUUGGCAGCUGCUGUGAGGUCACUUAACCUAGGCUGGCAGAUGUUCCUUGUUUAGGACUUGGUUCCAUUCUUUAGCAGGGUCUCCCCAUUCCAUUGUCCUCUGGCCUCUGGCUUCACCCUCUGCUAGGUUCUUUCAUUUCCAUUAUCCUCCCUUCCCAUCCUCCUCUUUGGCCACACCCGAAAGAGACAUUCAAUACUCUAUUAGAGGUUGUGCAGCCUUCUCAAUCCUCAUCCUCUACAAGAUUGGAGACCCAAGGAACAUUUUGAGUUUUGAACAGAGACUUCUGGAACUUGGGCUUCUGAAGUUGUUUUGUUUUUGUCAGAAUGAGCUUCAAAAAUGUAGUAGAAAUUUUACCUGAUUGAUUCCAUUCAGUAACGUGGGCCAGAAGCCACAAUCAACAUUUCCUUUUUUGUGACUCAGUUCUCAAAUCUGCUAUAUUUCUUCACUCCCUUACCCUCAUCCUCUCUAGAUUUAAACUUUAAGUCUAGAUUUAAACCUGUGGUGCUUCUGUGCAAAAAAAAAAAAACCAGACUUUUUUUUUUCCCCUGAGCCGUUUUGUCCAGCUGGAAAGUUUGCGGGGGUGCCACAUCCUUCAUCUUCACACUGAGACCUUUGUCAUGCCACUGUUUUCUGCAUUUAUUUCUUGUUUGCAGCCGAGUCAGUUUACUUAUUCAACAUUACAGGCCCUCAAAUAUCUGGACUGUCCCUCUUUAAUUUCUGCUGACAAACUGGAAAACUUGUCUGUAGGCUCAUUUCUUUCUUGUAAGGUCUCUCCAAAUACAGGCAGCCGCCACUGGCAUUCCGCUUUCCACCUCUUCCCUUACAGCCAUGGCUUCAUUAGGUGUGUGCCCUGCCCUGAGUUGCUGCUGCCCAAUACCUACUCCUACUAUGUUGGUUUAUUUGCAUUUUUGCAGCUUGCAACUAAAAAAUGCCCUGACCAAUUGUCUUGUAGCAUUUGUUUGAUUUACCCAUUAAAUGAUCCUCCAAUUGGUAGAUGUUUUCUUCAACUGACAGAUCAGGUUUGUACUUCUUGCUGUAUUUAAAGUUAAACUUUUUACAUGUGAAUAAUUGAAGGGGCACAUGUAGUU